GCAGUUUUGAGAUUGAGAUCAAUGGGAAAGUAGUCUUCUCCAAGCUUGAAACAAGCGGCUUCCCAUAUGAAGACGACGUAAGUUGUUAAGUUCUUACAAAGCUGGCAUUUUAAUGUCUGACCCACUGUCUGUGUGUCAACUGCCAAUGACUAGCGCCAUUGACACAAGAUGUCUUAUCCCCCUGCAGGUCAUGGACGCUAUCCAGAAAGCCCAUGAUGGCAAGCCAGUGGAGAAGAUCACCAAGAGCCGCCCGCCUUGUGUCAUCCUGUAGAUCUCCUCUCCUUCUAUCCUCCAACCCUGGCCCUCUCCUGACAGCAGCAUGCUGAAGACAGGACGCUGCACUCCCAUCACUGCCACUGUCAUCACUCACUCAGCCUUUGCACUAACCGGGCAUGAGGGUGACACACAACUCUCUGUUGAAACUACACUAGCAGAGUUGGACUAAGACCACUGAAGCCGCUGUCUUUGAUUUAGAGUACAACCUGUCGUAAGGUUUUGUUGUACCUUCUCUCUCCCCUCUCUCUCUGCUCUCAUUGCGGUGUUCCAGGACUUAUAUGAUUACUGUAGCCCAAAGCUGAAAGGUUGAUAGUAUGAUAACCCCAGUCCUGGUAGCUCCUAUGUUAUGGGAUCAGAGAAAGGGAGGAGACCGUAAGAUGGAGGGGCAAACGGGUUGGGGGGGAACACCCUGUUAUAUUCCGAAAGCCUCAUUGCCUGGCAGACAGUUACUGCCUGAUUGUUCUAAUUCCUCUCAAGAAGGGAAGGAGCUAAAUUAUUUUCAGCCCUCUGUGAAAAUAAUUAAAGCUCUAAGCGUCAUAAGCCCUGUUUCACAACUUGUAUCCUGUACCCUACUAUGCUGAUGAACGUGCUGCUUAAACCUGUCACUGUCAAUGCAAUGUUUGUCAAUUGAUUUAAUAAGAUGUGUUCUAAAGUCUAUGAAAUGGAGACACUUUAAACUAGGUGGAAACUUAUACUUUUUACAAGGUUUUUUGUGUGUCAGUUCUGUCAUUACAACUUUUGUUUAUUUUUAAAACUAGUGUAUCUCUAUCGGAACUUGGAUGUAAUAUAUAUUAUUAUUUUUUGUCCAUUUUAUAGCUAAUCUGCCUGGAGCAUUCCAGGCAGUGUCUUUAACAGUGAACUAGGUUUCUCUUUAGCCGAAAUGUGAGAAACACCGUAGUAGCCAAACCUCUUGUGAAUUCGCAAUUGUAUACUGCCACUGAAUCAUAGAUAAUGCAUUUUCAUUGACUCUGUGGCUUUUAUAUAUGAUCAGCUUUACUAUUAGUAGAGCUGACCUUGCAAGUAGAUAAAUCCUUAGUUGUUUUGAAGGCCAUCUCUCACUGGUCUGUCUAUCACUAACGACACCUCAUCAGCAUCUGUUUAUGCGCACAGUUUAUUGAAUAUCAUCUCUGAAUAUUAUUUUUCCCGUUGCCCAGGGCUGUCAAGUAUAAUACCCAUUGGGAGAACUUCUAUCACAAAAUAAAAUUAAGGAUUAUUUAACUGUAUAAAUAUGUUAGUAUUGUCUUUCUUAACGUGUCAUGUUCAAAACGACUUAACAUAUGUUUUUUCUUCUUUGUUUCACUUCAGUAAUAACUACUCAACUCCAUAAGAAUGGAAAAACAAUUGAAAUCUAAAGUGCUAUGUAACAACAUACUAACAUGUUAUUAUUAGAGUAUUGGCUCAUUCACAGGUCUGAACUGUUCUUACAGUACAUCCCCAUGGCAACAAAGCACCUCAGGUGUGUUACUCAGGUAAGUCUCAGUAAUUACUCUCUUGUUGAUGCUCACAUUCAGACAUCUAAUACCACUGUCAUGUGAUCAUUCUAUGGGGGGGAACAGGUGUUUGUGUGCUGUUGGCUACACCCACGCUGUAAUGUCAACACAGCCAGCCAUGACAACCGCAGCAGGAAGAGAAGAGCCUUUGGAGCAAGAAGCAUCUUGGUAAGUUUCAUACAUUGCAUCUUCAUUGAUCAAACCCUGUUGACUGGCUACAGUAUAGUGUGUCCGAGUGUUUUUUCCUGUAUUGAAUGUGUUAAGCAGGGUUGGGGUCAAUUUCAUUUUAAUUAAUUACAUUCAGGAAGUACACUGAAAUUAUAAUUCCACAUUGAAUAGAGUUUGAAGACAAUUGCAAUUUAAAUUUCAUUUUUCUUCCUGAAUUGGCUGGUGUUAAGUUCAAAAUACCACUGCCAUCAAGCUAGUUAUGUACUUCUGCUAACUGAAAUGUUUCCAACUCACUCUGAGUAGGAAUAGAUCCUCUCAGAUAUUACAUUUUGUGGAGGUGUUGUUCCUUCAUGUUAUGGUCUUGACACAGUACACACAUGGAAUCCAAUACCCUGCCCAGCUAUAUUAUUGUCUCAAUACAUGUUUCAAUGUUUUUCUAGAACUUAUCCAUUACUGAAGAACAGGAUAGAAACUUGAAAUAACUCAGGAUGAUGAGCCUUUGGAGACUUGAUUGUCAAUGGUUUUUGUUUUUGCAAUGUUUCAUUGUUUGUUUUACCUGAAAAAACAGUUAACUAUCAUCUAGUAACUUGUCUGUUUCAGUUGAUCACUGUCCCAACCCUACCUGGGACAGUAAACCUGUAUUCCAAUAUACCCUUUUUAGACUUACUCAUGACUAAGGAGGCAGGUUACGAUUGCUCCUAUUGUGUUUUCAUAUUGAGGUUUCUUACUCCUCCCACCUCAGUCAGCCAGGCAAAACACCUUUACAUCAGCGAAGCACAUUCAAGAAGAAAGGAGUGAGAAGAAGAAUCUGAGUCAAAAGCCAUGGGUGUGGUGCAGAUCAGAGUGGAAUACUGGUAGGUUUAUAUUAAUUUAAAUUUGGGAGGAUGCGUUUGUUUUACGGAGGCCGGAAACUAUGGAAAUCAUGGAAAUUAUAUGGAAAUAUGGCAACUGCCAUACCUUUUAACACUCAGAUUGAGUCUGUAUGUUGGAUAUUUUAUGCUGUUUUAAUUAUUCAUCACUGUUUUGGGUUUUCUUAUCACUGUUUUAGUGGCCAAUGAGGGUACGAGCCCCGCUACAAGAAACUUCAGCAGGCUGUCGCUGUGGGGUUUCCUGAGGCGGAGGUGUCAGGCUUUGUAGGACGAAAAGGUCAGCUGGAUACCCAUCAAUCACAUUUAUUUUAUAAAGCCCUUUUUACAUCAGCAGCUGUCACAAAGUGCUAUACAGAUACCCAGCCUAAAACCCCAAAGAGCAAGCAAUGCAGAUGCAGAAGCACAGUGGCUACAGUGAAAUGUAUUGUGCAAAUGUUGUAAUAUUUACCUAUUCUUUUGGUAAAAUACCAGUUUUCACCCUGUUUUGUGUAUGUGUCUGUCAAGGUUGAACCUACAUAUUGUUUUGAAAGAUAAGUGUGAUGCUGUUGGUUCUACAGGCACUUGAGUUGAGUGUUAAAACUGGUUUUUCACCUACUCCCAAUCUGUAACAAACAUAGUUUUGGCUUCGUUAGGACAUCACGUUGUGAGUAAUUUCCAACAAUUGUUUAAGCAGUAUUUCACUUAAUUUGCUGAUCCAUCCUUCAGAAGUUUACAUCACUAAGUUGAUGUGCCUAAACAGCUUGGAAAUUCCAGAAAAUGAUGUCAUGUGCCUGAUAGGCUAAUUGACAUAUUUGAGUCAUUGAGGUGUCCGUGGAUAUUUCAAGGCCUACUUCAUUAGUGCUCUUUGCUACAUAUGGGAAAUCCAAGAAAUCAGCCAGAUCGAAAAACUUUGUAGACACAAGUCUUUUCCUUGGGAGCAUUUCAAACGCCUUAAGGUACCACAUUCAUCUGUACAAAUAACAGUACGCAAGUAUAAACACCAUGGGACCACGCAGCCGUCAUACCGCUCAGGAAGGAGACGCGUUCUGUCUCCUAGAGAUGAACGUACUUUGGUGCGAAAAGUGCAAAUCAAUCCCAGAACAACAGCAAAAGACCUUGUGAAGAUGCUGGAGGAAACAGGUACAAAAGUAUCUACAGUAAAACAAGUCCUAUAUCGACAUAACCUGAAAGGCCGCUCAGCAAGGAAGAAGCCACUGCUCCGAAACCGCCAUAAAAAAGCCAGACUACGGUUUGCAACUGCACAUGGGCACAAAGCUUGUACUUUUUGGAUAAAUGUCCUCUUGUCUGAUUAAACAAAAAUAUAACUGUUUGGCCAUAAUGACCAUCAUUAUGUUUGGAGGAAAAAGGUGGUUGCUUGCAAGCCGAAGAACACCAUCCUAACCGUGAAGCACGGGGUGGCAGCAUCAUGCUGUGGGGGGGGGGGGGGGGGCUUUGCUGCAGGAGGGACAGGUGCACUUCACAAAAUAGAUGGCAUCAUGAGGAAGGAAAAUUAUGUGGAUAUAUUGAAGCAACAUCUCAAGACAUCAGUCAGGAAGUUAAAGCUUGGUCGCAAAUGGGUCUUCCAAAUGGACAAUUACCCCAAGCAUACUAACAAAGUUGUGGCAAAAUGGCUUAAGGACAACAAAGUCAAGGUAUUGGAGUGGUCAUCACAAAACCCUGACCUCAAUCCUAUAGAAAAUCUGAGGGCAGAACUGAAAAAGCAUGUGCGAGCAAGGAGGCCUACAAACCUGACUCAGUUACACCAGCUCUGUCAGGAGGAAUGGGCCAAAAUUCAUCCAACUUGUGGGAAGCUUGUGGAAGGCUACCCGAAACGUUUGACCCAAGUUAAACAAUGUAUAGGCAAUGUUACCAAAUACUAAUUGAGUGUAUGUAAACUUCUGACCCACUGGGAAUGUGAUGAAAGAAAGAAAAGCUGAAAUAAAUCAUUCUCUCUACUAUUAUUCUGACAUUUCACAUUCUUAAAAUAAAGUGGUGAUCCUAACUGACCCAAGACAGGGGCUUUUUAUUUGGAUAAAUGUCAAGAAUGUGAAAAAAUGAGUUUAAAAUUUUUUGGGUAAGGUGUUGAAACUUCCGACUUCAAAAUGUAAGUGUGAUUUGGGCCCUUUUUGGGGGGGGUUUUGUUUUCCCCGGGCCCCCAAAAAAAAGGGGGGGAAACCCCCUUGAAAUUUUGGGAAAAAUUUUUUAAAAAACGGGGGUUUUGGUCUUUCCCAAAUGGAAAAAUGGGCCCCAGGUAAAAGUUAGUAUGUUUGCUUACCUGACAGUAAACUGUAUGGGUCAAUAUACUUUUAGACUUACUCAGACUAAGGCAGUUACGAUUGCUCCUAUUGUGUUUUCAUAUUGAGGUUUCUUACUCCUCCCACCUCAGUCAGCCAGGCAAAACACCUUUACAUCAGCGAAGCACAUUCAAGAAGAAAGGAGUGAGAAGAAGAAUCUGAGUCAAAAGCCAUGGGUGUGGUGCAGAUCAGAGUGGAAUACUGGUAGGUUUAUAUUAAUUUAAAUUUGGGAGAAUGCGUUUGUUUUACGGAGGCCGGAAACUAUGGAAAUCAUAUGGAAAUAUGGCAACUGCCAUACCUUUUAACACUCAGAUUGAGUCUGUAUGUUGAUAUUUUAUGCUGUUUUAAUUAUUCAUCACUGUUUUGGUUUUCUUAUCACUGUUUUAGUGGCCAAUGAGGGUACGAGCCCCGCUACAAUAAACUUCAGCAGGCUGUCGCUGUGGGGUUUCCUGAGGCGGAGGUGUCAGGCUUUGUAGGACGAAAAGGUCAGCUGGAUACCCAAUCAAUCACAUUUAUUUUAUAAAGCCCUUUUUACAUCAGCAGCUGUCACAAAGUGCUAUACAGAUACCCAGCCUAAAACCCCAAAGAGCAAGCAAUGCAGAUGCAGAAGCACAGUGGCUACAGUGAAAUGUAUUGUGCAAAUGUUGUAAUAUUUACCUAUUCUUUUGGUAAAAUACCAGUUUUCACACCUGUUUUGUGUAUGUGUCUGUCAAGGUUGAACCUACAUAUUGUUUUGAAGAUAAGUGUGAUGCUGUUGUUUCUACAGGCAGCUUUGAGUUGGAGAUCAACGGGGAGCUGGUCUUCUCCAAGCUGGAAACAGGUGGCUUCCCCAUGGAAAAGGAUGUGAGUACCGGAAGCGUUCUCCUCUGAAGUUGCAGAACGGUCAACUUCAGCCAGUUUGUUCACUGAAAUUGACACAAAUGUUGUGAAAUUGACGCAAAUGGUCUCAACAAUGUGUAUGCCCCUUCAGGUCAGGGACGCUCUCCAGAACACCUAUGAUGGCAAGCAAGUGGAGAAGUGGACCAGAAAUCGCCCACCUUGUGCCAUCCUG